AUGCUUGUAACAGAUGAGCUUGUGGAUCGCACCAAGAAUUGCUGCUUGACGCCCGUGGACUUUUUGGAGGCCAUGGUACGGCUGGCUGAUGCCCUCCCCCGCCAAGGGGACCUCUGGCCUACGACAGAGGAGUCGUUCGAGGAAUUUUGCUCUAUACUCUUCAGUGGUCUGGAGACGCGCUGGGCCGGUCGUCUACGGGUGCACAUGGCGGGCAGCGACGACAAUGGUCGAACAGUCCUGCACUUUCGGAAUUUCAUGAAGAACACGGGCAUCGAAAUGCGCGAAGCCACAGAAGACUUCUCGGCGUCGUGCGCGAUUGAAGACGAUAGAAAGAGUGUGCAAAGCAAUGGGGCCGAUAUGGAAGAGGACGCCAUUGCCGAGCAACGAAGUGCAAGGUAGUUUAUGUCCGCGUUUUGUAAGACGAACCUGAAUAUCCCCUUUGAACCGAACGGCGUUUCACACACCUGCGUUAUUGGAACACUUGAGAAAGCAUGACCGCCCGAAUAUUGAGAGAAGACCGGCCAGAGCAGAACAAUCCAGGGCUACAACAGGACUCCAGGUUUUGUGCUCACAACGGUGAAAAACCACUUCAUAUGGAC